UAUUGAUUUAUUUAUUUAUUUUAAUUUUUUGCCCUCUCUUCACAGUGAUUUUACCCCUCGCUUUAUUUAUUUAUUUAUUUAUUCAUUCAUUUAUUUAUUUAUUUAGCCCCCUCUCUCCACAGUGAAGUUGUCCCUCGCUUUAUUUAUUUAUUUAUUUUUAUUUUUUGCCCCCCUCUCUCCACAGCUGCGCGGAAGUGACACAGCAAGCGCGCGCCCCGUCACGUCACGCGAGACAGUCCAGGCUCGGAGCGAGAAAAAAAACAUCAACAACCAGAAGAAGAAAUAUCUCUGGAUAAAGUCCGCCGGCGGCCCGCAGACAUGUCCCGCACGUCGCCGACAGCCCCGCACGAUGGUUCGGACUCCUAAAGGCUAUGAAUUCCUGUGAGCAUGGCAAAACUUCAAAUGACGCGAUGCUUGAGAAAGAUCACAAGCAUGUCGAGGAAGUUAAAGAGGAGACAGAGGACUUUGCUAUUUGUGAGCCACCUCAGGGAUGUGGAGGAGGAUCUCCUGAGGCCGUUGGGGCUGCUAAACGUUCAUCUGCAGACAUUGGGCCUGACGCAGAUCAGUCCACCAGCAGCAAGAUAGCCAGAGUUUCUACCGAGAUGAGACGGCACUUGUUAGAUGACGGCAGCGGACAGGAGCCUCUUUGCCUCACCACAACUGCGGGGAGGAGUAACUGUGUCCAGGAGAAAUCCAGAGUCUCCUACAGAAAGCCCCUCUUCAGCAUCUCACACAAGAUCUCGGAGAAGAGGAACACGCCGAGCCUGGAGCAGCAGGCCGUUCAGGGCGACUCCAAUCAGCUCAACCACAGCAGCAUCUUCUCUUCCACGCUCCCCCACCCGGAGCAGAACGGCCCCGCUGACGUCUUCUCCACAACGGACGGCUCAAGCCAAGCUUUGACCGCAGACUCUAGCCUUUACCCACUCAUUGAAAAAAUGUUUUUCAUUCUUAAUACCCUUAAUUCGAGCAUGUCGCAACUGCAUACCAAAGUGGAAUUGUUAGCCGUGGAAGUCUUGCAGAUAAAGAAGCAGAUCAAACCGGCUGAGAUGGCGAUGAAGUUCCAGCCUCCCCCCGAGUUUCUGCUAACGCGAGACGAAUUGAAUCAUCUGAUGGAGCAAACCUCCAGCGCCGGGGAGCUCGGCUGUCGUCUGCUGGUGCAUCUGUUCCCGGAGCUGUUUAAGGCGAGAGAGUGCUCCCAUGACUGCAUGGCGAGUAAGAGGACGCUGGAAUCUCUGCAUCUGCAGCUGAUCCGAAACUACAUCGAGGUUUGCUACCCCACGGUGAAAAACAACAGCGUCUGGCAGGAAGAGUGUCUCGUUCAGAUUAAUGACUUCUUUAAUCGCUUCUGGGCGCAGAGGGAUAUGGAGAGUGCUCGGCUGCUCAAAAAGCAGACAAUCACGGGUGCUGGGAUAAAAGCGGAGCAUCCUCAGACUUAUCGUUUCAUUAACGAGCAAGGCCAGGAGGAGCAUGUCUCUCUAGAUAACCAGCAGGGCGCCCUGGCUGCAUCAGAGCUCUCAUUCACUACACAAACCACAGAGGAGUUAGAUGAGUUCUCCUCCCCCGAGGACUUUGUGAUUUUUCUUAUGCACCGUCUCUUCCCAGAAGUUUUCGAAGAAGGAAAGCUUCCAGAAAGCGCCGGCAGCUUCAGCAGCGUGGCACAGCUGAUUCUGGACUCUGACAAAAUGGAGAUCAUUCGAAAAUACAUGGAAGCUAAUUUUCCCGACGUGCCUGAGGACAGCUGGCUCCAGGUGUGCAUUCAGCAUAUGGAGGACGCACUGGAGGGCCCCCACAGUAACGGCAACGCCAGCGAACCUGACAACAUCAAUGAAGAGGGCUACGACCUGGCAAGUCUUCCCGAGGACGUUUCUAUUAUCAAGGUCCCUGAUGUGGGCGAAUGCGAAAGACCCAGUCGGAAGUCGAAAAAGUCUCUGCUUCCACCGGUGGAUUUUGACAAUCUGGAGAUCCCUCUACCGGACUUCACUGUUCCUCAGGAGUACAUCUUGUCCAGGGAACAGCUGAAGAACAACUAUGAAUGUAGCUUGUCCAUUGGGAAUUUUGCCUCUCGGCUGCUGGUGCUUAUGUUCCCGGAGCUCUUCACCCAUGAGAACGCCAGAAAGCAAUACAACUGCAGCGGGUCCCUCGGGAAGAAGCAGCUCGACCCCGUUCGCAUUAACCUCAUCCGUCAUUACGUGCAGUUGGUCCACCCUCGGGCCAACAACGACAGGGUGUGGAUGCUGGAGUUUGUGGGCAAACUUGACGAGAGGUGCAGGAGGCGCGACACGGAGCAGAGGAGGUCCUACCUGCAGCAGCGUAAAGUUUAUGUUCAAGAGUCUGAGCAGGACUUCUUUUGCCAGCUGAAUCAGCUCAAUCCAGACAACAGCAGAGAGGAUCCCGAUAUCCCCUCUUUACCUCCCGAGAAAAGUAGCAAAGACUUCUGCAAAAUUCCCCUGGAUGAACUGACUGUAUCUAAACCUGACUUUCCCGUACCUUCGGUCUACCUGCUCUCAGACGCAGAGGUACGGGAGAUCGUCCAGCAGAGUCUGUCUGUUGGGAACUUUGCGGCCCGCCUGUUGGUGCGCCUCUUCCCCGAGCUCUUCACCCAGGAGAACCUGCGGCUCCAGUACAACCAUUCGGGAGCCUGCAACAAGAAGCAGCUGGACCCUGUACGGCUGAGAUUGAUCCGCCACUACGUGGAAGCCGUGUAUCCUGUGGAUAAGAUGGAGGAGGUUUGGCACUAUGAAUGUGUACCAAGCAUCGACGAACGCUGCCGGCGCCCCAAUCGGAAGAAGUGCGACAUUCUUAAAAAGGCUAAGAGGUCAAGCACCGUGUCCUAGUUACAGUACUCUGUAGUU